GGGAAAAAAGUUGGACCGAAGGAGGGGCCGUGAAGAAGGAGGAGGAAGAGGAAAGGGCCCGGCAGCAGGGGCUGUAGGUCGUUCGGCGGCGGCGGCGGCUCUCUUCCGGGCGGACGAUGGACAGCCAGGGCAGGAAGGUGGUGGUGUGCGACAACGGCACCGGGUUUGUGAAGUGUGGCUAUGCAGGCUCUAACUUUCCAGAACACAUCUUCCCAGCUUUGGUUGGAAGACCUAUUAUCAGAUCAACCACCAAAGUGGGAAACAUUGAAAUCAAGAAUAACAAAAAGAUGGAUCUUAUGGUCGGUGAUGAAGCAAGUGAAUUACGCUCAAUGUUAGAAGUUAACUACCCUAUGGAAAAUGGCAUAGUACGAAAUUGGGAUGACAUGAAACACCUGUGGGAUUAUACAUUUGGACCAGAGAAACUUAACAUAGAUACCAGAAAUUGUAAAAUCUUACUCACAGAACCUCCCAUGAACCCAACCAAAAACAGAGAGAAGAUCGUAGAGGUAAUGUUUGAAACUUACCAGUUUUCUGGCGUGUAUGUAGCUAUCCAGGCAGUUCUGACUUUGUAUGCUCAAGGUGAUUACAUUCCAGCUGUGAAUAAUUUUCCUUUGAAGAAGGAAUUAAAAAUCACUUGUUACUUUGCAAGGAGUGUUUACCUGCACCGAGAAUCCAUAGGAAUCGAAGUGGAAAGAAUGGAUACUCCAGUGACAAAAUGGUAUGGCACUGGAAAUGGGUCAAAUGUGUACAGGGAAAGGCUAGUCUGUAACCUGGUGGGAGUGGGAGAAAAUAAGCUGCAGUUGGAUGGGAAGCUCCCAGAUGGCCGCAUUAUCAAAGUUGGGGGAGAGAGAUUUGAAGCACCAGAAGCUUUAUUUCAGCCUCAUUUGAUCAAUGUUGAGGGAGUAGGUGUUGCUGAAUUGCUUUUUAACACAAUCCAGGCAGCGGACAUUGAUACCAGAUCUGAAUUCUAUAAGCACAUCGUGCUUUCUGGAGGGUCUACUAUGUACCCUGGGUUGCCAUCACGGUUGGAACGAGAACUUAAACAGCUUUACUUAGAACGAGUUUUAAAGGGAGAUGUGGAAAAACUUUCUAAAUUUAAGAUCCGCAUCGAAGACCCACCACGCAGAAAGCAUAUGGUGUUCCUGGGUGGUGCAGUUCUAGCAGAUAUCAUGAAAGACAAAGACAACUUCUGGAUGACUCGACAAGAAUACCAAGAAAAGGGUGUUCGUGUGCUGGAGAAACUUGGUGUGACUGUUCGAUAAACUAACUCCAGAGCUUGUUCGCAUCACACCCCUAAUGCUUUCUUUUUUCCUUUAUUGCCAAUCUUUGAACUCAUUCAACUCCAGGACAUGGAAGAGUCCUCUCUGUGCCCUUUGACUGGAAAGGUCAGGUUUUCUGCUGGUGUCUUGGGGAAGCUUUGUUAAAUUUUUGUUAAUGUGGGUAAAUCUGUUUAAUUCAACCACUUCCCUACAAACAUGAUGAGAGAGAGGGCAAAGGGUCCUGUCUGCUGCUUUGUUUCUUCUAAGUAGGCAUUUAGAUCACUCCCCUUGGCUUCCUCUUUUCACUUUACUGCUCUAAUGCUGCCUGUUGUAGUUUUUAGCACACUAGGUGGUACGCCUUUAUUAGCAUAAGAAAACCUUUACAGGAGCUUUUACGUAUUACUGGGGUGGGGGUGGUGAGGGACGGGUGGGCAGCUGCUGACCCCUUUACAGCAUUUCCUCUGUGGUGUGGUGCUUUCAACAGUUACUGCACAGUUGAAGUACCUUAAAGCUUCUGGAAUUAACAUUUAGGGAAACGUUAGGCUCAGAAUUAAAGUGUUUUGGGUGGGUUUUUGUGUGGGGGUGGGGAGUGGCCUUUUGAUUUUAACUUUUUGAUUUUUGAGCUUUUCUGCUCGGAGGUAUGUAAGAUGAAAUUUAUUUACAGUACUUUGAUUUGGCAGGUUUUCUUCUACUUUUGGUCUGCCUGGAACUGUUUCCGUGAUAUAAAAAGCAAGUGUAAUAUUCCAUUACCAUGUGGCUUAGGGAUUUAUUUGUUUUGUUUUGUUUUUAAAUCAACCAUGUUAGCUGGGAGUAAACUCCCUAGAAUCAAUGGAAAAUUAACAACUUAAAAAUGCUUUUGGAAAUUCAAAUUACAGAUGAAAAAAGUGCUUAAGAGUGCUUGUUUUUAUACCAGAAGCAUUAAGGUAAUCCAGUGCCAACUACCAUUCUUGCAGUUAUUCUUUUAUAUAACUGACCAGCGCUUCUUUAAUAAGAAUAGGUAGAUACAUAUGAAUAAUUACUGGCAGUAGGUUAUAAUUGUUGGAUUAAAAAUAACAUUGAAAUACGGGACUUGUUGCCAGUUGGGUAAUUUUCAUUAGUUUCUUUUUUAUUAUUUUAAUUUGAGACCUGGAACUGGAGUAAAAUUUGACUACUUAAAAUGUUGGCCAAAAAAAAAAAAAAUCAAGAUUUAAAUUUGUAUUUUUACUGAAAAAGUAAUCAUAACUAAUAAGUCUCAGUCAUCUUAUGCUUGAAAGAAGAGUUGUUGAUAUUUUGUAAAUGUUAGCAGAUUUUCCCAUCUGUCAGAAAAUCGUAUUUAUGAUUCCCGCCGGUAUUGCUUUGUGUCUGAAAAAAUAUCAAAUAGUACUCAGACUUGAAUUCUUUCUAAAUUUGAAAAAUAAAGUAAUAAAUUGUAUCACGCUAAGUACAAAAUGCAGAUACUGAGGAAAAAAAAUGUUUUCCUUCAUUUCAAAAUAUUCUUUACUAAUAAUGGCUUUGAACAAAGAAGCUUAAUUUUUAGGUGACUGAAAUUGGAGAAAUUAUUGGCUUUAGAAAGAGUCUCUUUUUUGUGAGAAAACUUAAAAAUCAAUUUAUAUGAAAUGAGCAGCAAAAGGAGGUUAGUUUUAAUUAUGCAGCUUCUGUUAAUAUUAAGUAUUUUUUGUCUGUUUUACCUCAAUUUGAAACAAGUGAAAGAAGUUUGCCUGCAUGCUGGACAUGCUUCAGUACACAUGAAUAGCCUGUGAAUAACAUGUACUAGGUUUGAGGGACAUGGGUGUCAGUCAUUUUGGAAUUCUAAAGUAUUCCUAAAUCAUGUUCUUAUAAAUCCCCCUAGCCUUUGAGUCCUGGACUAGUUAAAGGACACAAAUGUAGGACCAGUUCUUACCAGCUGUUCAUUUCCAGUAUAUGGAUUAACCUUGGCCUUUGGUCAUGAUUUUAAUCUAUGGGGGUAGAAAACAACAAGGAAUAGAAUGGACUCUUAGAACAAUGAAAGAGCAUUUAUUAUUUGUCCCUUGAAUAUAGAAUUUGGUUUUCCUUUCAUCCUUCUGCUAGCAAACAUCACAGUUAAAAUGGUGUAUUUAUAUAUAUAUAUAUAAAUAUAUAGUGUAAUUUUAAAAUUCCAUUUUCUAAUUUUCCUAUUCCAAGGUAAAAUAAUGCAUAUAGUAAUUUGGGGGGUAGUGGAAAUAAAAUGUGUAAUUGAAGUUGCCAGGUAGGAGUCCCUCAGAAAUUAAAAUUUUUUCUGUUUUAAAAGAGAUCUGAUUUUGAGCUCUUGAAAACCAUUGUCACUUAAAUUUCCAAUAAUGAUUAAGUCUUUUUAAAUUAGAAUUGCCAAUGCCUUGACAUUUAAGAAGGGUUUCUUAGAAAUAAGUCCUACAUUUAAACUUUUUUUCUUUAAAACAUGGUAUUGGAUGUUGACUUUUUACACAGUUCUAAGCACUGUUAACAAUAUCUGGAAAGUGUUUUGAGAGAUCAAUGGAAAGUUAAACAUUCUACAUUUAACGUGAAUACACUUCUUUUUGAUUCAGAAAAUAAAAUCAGAUUUUUGAAAGUAAA